GUGAGCUACGCCGCCGGUAUACCGGCCUCCGUCAUUAGUCCCUUCGGAGCGGGCGCGGCACCGACCAGGGAGUUCAAAACCGCGGCAGUUGGCGGUCCAGUUGUACAAAAGAGGCGAAAGGGCCAGGUCACCGCCAUGGAGGACAUCGACCCGCUCAAUCGAUACCGUCCGACCACGCUGCCCUUCAUCGACCCCAAGGAAAAGCUGCGACAGCAGGUGAAGAAGGAGGUCGUGGAGCCAAAAGAGACGAAGUUCAGGCUCGAUGACCCGGUCUUGGACAAGGAGCUGGAAGACAUUCUGAAGCUCGCGGAGGAAGAGACGCUCACCGACGCCACUGCCGAGACUGUCCAGGGUGGUGAGGAGGAAGAGGCCAAGGCAUACGCUGAGGAACAAGACAUGAAGAAGCGGGAUAUUACUAAGUAUUUCAUCGAUAACGACCCCACGGAUGAAAGGCUGUUCUACGUGCAGCUGCCCACCUCACUGCCCAUCACGCCCAAGACUCCCCAGGAGCCACCACGCAAGAAGCCGCCCAAGAACCCGAACCAGCCCACCGUGGACAUCUUCGAGCCGACUGUGACGCAAGUGCCGCCAGGCUUCCUCGGGCAGAUCGUCGUCUACAAGUCGGGCAAGGCCAAGAUCAAGCUCGGCGAUACCCUCUUCGACAUCGUGCCAGGUGCGGACUGUGGUUUCCUCCAGGAGGCGGCCUACAUCUCAAAGGACCAGGGGUUGUGCUGCGUGCUGGGCGAACUGGUGGAUCGCCUUUCCUUCGUGCCUGACAUCGACAGCCUCCUGCAGAACCAACUCGACCUCAACAAGGACUGA